AUGAGUGCGACAAUCAUGUCUGACGACGGCGAACAAGGCCCGCCGGCCAAUAACGACAACGGCGAUGGUACUCCAGCUCCUGCGGCACCUGCUGCACCAGUCGCACCCGUGCCAGAAACCAACGAAGUUGUCAUCAGAAACUGGCUAAACAGGAAAUAUCUCGAGUACAGCCAUCUGGGGAAUCCUUUUGAUGUCACCAUAGAGGACUUUAUCAACAUCGUGGCAACCGCGAGAACGGACCCUCAUCAUAGUUGGAUGCAGGGUCACCAGUUAGAGUUGGCUAUGGCCCUGUUAACUCUUGUACAAAAGAAACGAACCGAUAUCCUCUUUCUACCAACAAAUGCUGGCGCCAUGCUUGCUCGUGUUGGCUUAUGUAUUGACGACAAAGAUCGAUUCAAACAGAAUGUUCUAUCGAAACCAACUUACGAAGCUAUGCAGCAAGAGCAAUAUCGAUGGAUUGUUGUGCCUGUGACAGAUGGUAUGGCCGAUGAGGGCACAGCGAAAAGGAUCAUGAGAUGGAGAGCUAAAGCCGCGAAAGCUAAAGAGCAAGGGGAGACAGGAGAGGAAGAGCAGGUCGCUAGGGGGCAAGAGGUUUCCAAAGAAGCUGAGGUGCUGGUUACCGACAAAGAAGGACACCCAAAUGGCAACACGGAAGUGCAACAAGAAAGUGAGCCUGAGAUGACUCCUUCCGGUGGCACUCAUUGGGGUUUCAUGGUAAUCGACAAGGAGAGAAAUGAUGCCAGAUGGCUAGACGGCCACCUAAACGUAAAACAGAAACGCAACAAGCAUUGGUACAUACACAACAUGCAUAAACCACAUCCUGCGUGGGUCGCCGGGAAGAUUCUCUGCGGAUACGACAAAGUUAUGGAUCUAGAGCGAGGAGCAUUCACGGCAGCCACACUGAAACACGUCCCUCACGAUACCAAGAACAACAGCUACCGAGGUGACGAAGGCUCAGCAUGCGGGCCAUGGGUCUACGCCAUGCUUAAGUACAUCUUGGAUAACCCGAGAUUCCUCACUGACGCGGGCGGACUUUAUAGCGCGUUCAGUUCGAGGUAUAGGAGACGUCACCCACAAAAAAUGGCGUUCAACUCGCUCCAAACACGCAGAGACAUGCAGGAGAUUAUUCGAAAAGAGGCUGAAAAGAACUUGGGUGAGAACGUAUUGCCGUACAAAAUGAGUGUGCGCGUUGUGAAGAUCCUAGGCCUUCCUAGUACUGGUCAACUAUGCGAUGCGGUCGCAUCCUUGAACCCGAAUCGGAGGGCCCCGCCUGGACCAGGUGGCAACAGAAGCUCAAGAAGGAGGCCAGGCAGUGACGAUGACAAUAGUGACGGCGACGACGAUGGCUGGCCAGACGAGCACGAAGGAGUUUCGCGUGCCCAGUACCAGAUGUACUUACAAGAAGGCGAGCCAUACUCCAGACAUCGUCUGGAUGAAGUUGUAAAGGCGUUCAAAGACAACCAGGACGACCUUGCGCGCAACUUCCAGCGAAGGAAGCAUGGUGUUCUCACCAAGAAUCCAGAAUACAAGUUCCCUCAAGGCUUCAGCAAGGACAACCUACCCGCAUUCGACCAACUGAAGAUGGAGAGUUCGGAACCGUGGUACACAAUAUAUAAAGACGACCUCCUCAAGGUCGACGAUUCAAGAAGCCUUGCCCUUCAAACAUCCAGAGCGGUGCUUCACAGCGUAUUUAAAGGUAGCUUCAAGAGCGAAAACGCGGCGGUUCUCAGAGACUACCUUCAUUCUCAUGCUUUCACGUUCCAAGAACGUUCUCAAAUCUGGACAUCGGGAACUAUCGCAGAACGUCUAGACCAGACUUACUUGAAUCUGGCUCUGCCAUUGUUCGCUUCUUUGUCCAACGCAGACGUGGAUAUCUGGGUCAAGAACUUGCAUCCUACUGCGAUGAAGGUCGUACAAGAUGCGGUGGGUGUCACUCGCUAUGAUGUCGCCCGUGGACUUCUGUAUCGCAUGUUCAUUGGCGAGUUCGCAGAUAUGACGGACAGCGAUGUCGAUGAGUGGCGCGCAAGCGAUCCUCAUAUGUUAGAAGCUGGGAAGCAAGACCUGGGGGUCGCGAGAUGGUGGUUAACUUGGUACUACUACCAGGGUGAUGCGAUGGAGAAGCUGCCGUAUCUGGCAGAGAGUCCACUUCACUGGUCGCCUCGUGAGCAUCGAGAGGCACAUGGACAGAAGAGGAAGAGAAGCGGCGAGGAAGUGGAUGCAGGUGAUGAUCCAAACGCCGGCCAGCCUUCAUCCGACCCUAAUGAUGCAUCUAAUGUUGCACAACCAGAUCCGAAAACAAUCCAGUGGGCCACGAUCGACCACGCCACGCUCAUGAAGCACGCGACAAAAGAGAUUCGAGAAGACCCACGAAUUGGCGAACUAUCAAACGACUACACGUACAGGGCCAUCCUCUUCGUGAAACACGGUGGGACGUUCAAAAAUGAGAAAGACCGUGCUGGUAUCUGGAUCCGUGAUCUCAAUGUCUUUACGCUAGGUUCUGAGGAUAAAAUUCCCAAACGUGACGUCUACGCGAAAGAUGGCGGACUGGUCAUCCGACCCUCUCCAAAACAGAUAUUGGAACGAAUGAAGAAGAAGUACGAGAAGACCUCUAGCAAGCCUGUAUCGACCGCCAAAGGAACAGCUCCAAGACGAAAAGGUUCACCAAAACCUAAAGGGCCUUCAGGAUCUCAAAAACCUGCAAAGACUUCGAAGCCUUCAAAGACGUCGAAACCGUCAAACCCCUCGAAAACUACGAACCGUCCAAAGGCCUCAAGCCAGCCAGCUCCACCUCAACCGGAGCUCCCGAACAUUCUCGUGAUCAAUAACAUGCUUGCCCAAGAAAUUGCCAACUUCACGCAUAUGGCAAGUAAUCAAGUUGAAGAGUUCGUCGAUCUGCUUCCGUCCAAAAUCGCCGAUAUUACACGCCCAAUGGACGCUUGGAGCCGGAAAUCUGUUCUACAAAAGCUUUUCAGUAGCUUCCAAGACUUGUCUUCCGUGGACAUGAAGGUUUGGCUGAAACACCCAGUUUUUCAGGGGCGUGAAGAAGUAGAGGUCGACGAGGUGAUUGCGAAGCUGAACGAGAGCGUCAAGGAGCUUGGUGAUAUUUCUUUCAAGGGAAGUGCCGGUUUUUAUCCUAAGAGCUACGUGUACGAAGCAGUGGCGCGAAACUCGGUAAAUUCGAGCUUUGAGCCCGUGGUUGCCCAGCCUGAGAAUACCGACCCUGGAAAUCUGGUUGGACUCUCUGAAUCUGAGGAGGAAGAGUUUGAGUCUGAGUCUGAUGUUGAGGACGAACCGGAGAAUACGACCACGAGUACCAAACGGAAACGUGCCGAGGCAGAAGCAGAUGCACGGGCAAAGAAGAGGCGCAAAGGCGAAGCCCCGGAUUUCCGCGUUAUGAAAGAGUCUGAUCUCCUCCUUUGGGUUAAGGAACUUCCAUCUAACGUGAAAAAACCACUGCUUGACGAUAUCGGAGAAAAACUGCUAUCGAUGAAGGCGCAUAUCGCACGCUGCUACCUCGAGCGUAUAUACAGGAAAACGUUUCAGACCUGGGCUGCCGAGAACCCCUUGACGGACGCGAGUGUGAAAGAGAUCAGGCUAUGGAGGAGUUUGGGAACGUUUGACCAGCGCAAAAAGUACGCUAUAAAGAACAAGGAGGGUCUGAAGAACUUUUGCGAAGAGCAAUUGUUUCCACAGACAAGAGUGAUUGAGACUGGAGGAGAGAACAAGAGCGUCGAGUUGCCGGAUUAUAGUAAUGACAAGGAUAAGUGGCCGGAGGAAUGGAAGUAG